AUGAACCUCCAUGUGCGCGUCCAGGUGCCAUUUCCAAUUGAGAUAUUCGUGGUGAUAGGAUCGGUGAUAGCAUCCAAUUUACUAGACUUGGAGCACAAACAUAAAAUCAAAGUGGUCGGCCAUAUAGAGCGCGGCCUACCCUCACCAGUGGCUCCGUGGGACUACUGGCCCCUCGUCCAGAAGGUAUGGGUGUCGUGUGUGGGCGUGUCGGUGGUGUCCUAUGCCAUCACCUUCUCCGUCGGCAAAUCGUUUGCUAUGAAACACGACUACGAAAUAGACUCCUCUCAGGAGUUGAUAGCACUGGGAGGCAGUAAUCUCUUCUCAUCGUUCUUCCGGUGCAUUCCGGUGGGCGCCUCCCUGUCCAGGAGUGCCGUACAGGAGUCGUCCGGUGGUAGGACUCAGUUGGUGUCCAUAAUCAACUGCUUCGGCAUUUGUGCCGUUUUGCUGUAUUUCGGCUCAUUUCUUGAACAACUGCCCGAUGCAGUGUUGGCGACUAUCAUAUCCGUAGCCCUCAGAGUCAUGCUAUUGGAGGUGCGACUAUUCAAAAGCUACUGGGAUGUGAGCAAAAUAGACGGGGUAUUUAUCAAUGAUUUUUAUUUUUCAUAUAUUUACAUAACA